CAAAAGUCCCUUGAUCGAAAAAGUUAUUUUGAUUUUAAUAAUUUUAAAUAAAACGAGUCUUACAUUUCGUAGCAAAAUGGAGGAAACGACAGAUUCAUUCAAUCAACAGGCGGCAAAUUCAAUCAUUAAUUUCCUCAAAACAAAUGUUCCUAAAAACGAGGUCCAAAAAAUUGAUUCGGAAUUAAAAACCGAACUCGUUUUUGCGAAAAAGCGUAGCAAACAACAAAAACGGAAACCAAUCAAGAAAAAAACCAGAUGUUUGACUCGUAAAGAGAAAAAAACACUUGGAUUUUACAAUAUUCCACGACACAGCGUGAAGUACGAAGAUGUAGUACAGAUGAACAAAAUUUGGUUAGAAUAUAUUACUGAAGUCCUAGCGAUGGACGACGGUGUACCAGAGCCAAAUAGUAAAAAUUGGGAAACGUUAACCUUAAGUUUGUAUAAAGCGGACUAUCAUGGAUGCAUGUUAACAGUAGUCCGUUCCAAAUGUCCAAGCUUUAUCAAUAAAACCGGAAUAUGCAUUAUGGACACAAAGAACACUUUUAAAAUUGUCUCCAAAGAUAAUAUUGUGACAACUAUACCUAAAAAAGAAUGUGUAUUCGAAUUGUAUUUGAAAAAAGUCAAAGUUACAUUAUUUGGGAAGCUGCUGUGUGCAAAACCAGCUGAACGCUCUACAAAGAAAAUCAAAGGACACUUGCAUCCUGAUUUAUGAAGAAAAUACGAUAAUUUAUAUAUCAAUCCAUUAUCCUAUUUUUUUUCCACCUUAUCAGCAAAAUAUUUUUGCUUGUUAAUAGAGAAUAACUAAUAAAAUAUACACAUUUUGGUAAUUAGUUCUUUGAAGUUUGUCAGUAACAUUCUAAUUAGGUAUAUAGCAUAGUUUUAAAAGAGCUUUAACAUAUUAUUU